ACGUGAGAGAGCUCAAGUCCGAACCGCAGCUUUUCAAGGUCUAUUAGGCAGAAAAAGGCUAAAGAUAUACCGAAAGCGCUGAUCCGCUUCUCCCUUCCUCAAUCCCACCCUCAUUUCUCUAUUCUAGGGUUUUCGAUUUAAUUUCAUCUCUCUCUCUCUCUCUCUCUCUCUCUCUCUCUCUCUCUCGAUCGUCUAGGGCUUUUGAUCCCUGAUCGAGACUCGGAGUAGAACCGAUUUUGUUGAGAAGCCAUGGGUCGGAGGAAAAACGUGACGAUCGACGACGACGAGUACUCGAUGCCGCAGGACGAUCUGGCGGAGCCGCCGCCGCCGUCGCCGUCGGAGGGCCCGGAGAAGGAGAACCGCGUCGCGCCCAAGAAGAGCAAGAAGGGUGGCAAGGCCCAGCGCAACGCCGACAAGGGCGAUGAUGCCGUAGAGCCGCAGAAGCCCGCCGUCGCCGACGACGCCCUGUUGGCGGUGGAGGGGGCGGCGGAGGACGAGGACGCCAUUUUGUAUCGUUUUUUCAUCAAACCGACCAUGGAAGCAGUUCCGGACGAGAACGACGGCCUGGGGAAAACGGAUGGGAAGGGGAAGAAGCACAAGGGCAAGCAUGACAAGGACAAGCCGUGGGACGACCCCAGCAUCGACCACUGGAAGAUCGAGAAGUUUGAUUCAUCUUGGAACGAUGGCGGCAUGCUUGAAGUCAGCUCCUUCUCCACUCUCUUCCCCCAGUACAGAG